AUGCCCUCCGCAAAGUCAGUGGCCUCUAUUGUCACCACGACCGCUGCUGUUGGCAUGAGUGAGCUAACCUCCGCCCAGGAACAAACCAGUCCCUCCCUCGCCCCCUCUUCUGCCAUGCAGCCGAAAGGAACCUCACGGCAGGAGACAACAACUCAACCCCCACCUUCUGGCUCUUCCACAACGAAACCGGAGGUGAGCUCUGCCCGAGGAACCACCGUUUCUACGCCAACUUUUUCCCCUUCCACUGAACACUCUUCCAUUGCCCUUACCGAGGAAACCACCGUCUCCUUCCGAUCUGCCAGUUCUCCAGCCAGGGUCGAAUCAACAGCAGCUGAGGGGACCAGCCCUUCCCUCUCUUCGGCAUCUUCUCCUACGCCUACUCAGCUGAGAACCUCGACUAUUGAGGUGACCGGAUCCACCUCGAUGAGGCCGCAUUCCACUGUGGAGACUGGCUUCACGUCUCUUGAAAAUCAAACAGCGCCAACCUUCAGCAAGGUUUCUCCCACGAAGGCUGAGCUGACCUCAGCAGAAGUGACCAAAACAGCUUCACCAGCAUUCGAGUCUCCCCUGGCCACGUCUCUUUCCAUGCAGACUGUAUCCUCUCCGGCUCGGACCUCGCCGCCAUCGUCUCCCUCGGAGAUCACCAUUGCAUCCCACGGCACGAGUUCUUCUAUUCAUGCAGAGUCCACCCCAACUGAAGGAAGCACCACCUCUUCGCUCCAUUCGGCACAAUCAAGCACUGCAGUCCCAGAAACCAUGUCCUCCGCAGAGUCGGUAGCCUCUAUUGUCACCACGACCGCUGCUGUUGGCAUGACUGAGCUAACCUCCGCCCUGGAACAAACCAGUCCCUCCAUUGCCCCCUCUUCUUCCAUGCAGCCGAAAGGAACCUCACGGCAGGAGACAACUCAACCCCCGCCUUCUGGCUCUUCCACAACGAAACCGGAGGUGCGCUCUUCCCGAGGCACCACCGUUUCUACGCCAACUUUUUCCCCUUCCACUGACCACUCUUCCAUUGCCCUUACCGAGGAAACCACCGUCUCCUUACGGUCUGCCAGUCCUCCAGCCAGGGUCGAAUCAACAGCAGCUGAGGGGACCAGCCCUUCCCUCUCUUCGGCCACAUCUCCUACGGCUGCUAAGCUGAGAACUUCGACUAUUGAGGUGACCGGAUCCACCCCGAUGAGGCCGCAUUCCACUGUGGAGACUGGCUUCACGUCUCUUGAAAAUCAAACUACGCAAACCUUCAGCAAGGUUUCUCCCACAAAGGCUGAGCUGACCUCAGCAGAAGUGACCAAAACAGCUUCACCAGCAUCCGAGUCUCCCCUGGCCACGUCUCUUUCCAUGCAGACUGUAUCCUCUCCGGCUCGGACCUCGCCGCCAUCGUCUCCCUCGGAGACCACCAUUGCAUCCCACGGCACGAGUUCUUCUAUUCAUGCAGAGUCCACCCCAACUGAAGGAAGCACCACCUCUUCGCUCCAUUCGGCACACUCAAGCACUGCAGUCCCAGAAACCAUGUCCUCUGCAGAGUCGGUAGCCUCUAUUGUCACCACGACCGCUGCUGUUGGCAUGACUGAGCUAACCUCCGCCCAGGAACAAACCAGUCCCUCCAUCGCCCCCUCUUCUUCCAUGCAGCCGAAAGGAACCUCACGGCAGGAGACAACAACUCAACCCCCGCCUUCUGGCUAUUCCACAACGAAACCGGAGGUGAGCUCUGCCCGAGGCACCACUGUUUCUACGCCAACUUUUUCCCCUUCCACUGACCACUCUUCCAUUGCCCUUACCGAGGAAACCACCGUCUCCUUACGGUCUGCCAGUCCUCCAGCCAGGGUCGAAUCAACAGCAGCUGAGGGGACCAGUCCUUCCCUCUCUUCGGCAACAUCUCCUACGGCUGCUCAGCUGAGAACCUCGACUAUUGAGGUGACCGGAUCCACCCCGAUGAGGCCGCAUUCCACUGUGGAGACUGGCUUCACGUCUCUUCAAAAUCAAACCACGCCAACCUUCAGCAAGGUUUCUCCCACGAAGGCUGAGCUGACCUCAGCAGAAGUGACCAAAACAGCUUCACCAGCAUCCGAGUCUCCCCUGGCCACGUCUCUUUCCAUGCAGACUGUAUCCUCUCCGGCUCGGACCUCGCCACCAUCGUCUCCCUCGGAGACCACCAUUGCAUCCCACGGCACGAGUUCUUCUAUUCAUGCAGAGUCCACCCCAACUGAAAGAAGCACCACCUCUUCGCUCCAUUCGGCACACUCAAGCACUGCAGUCUUAGAAACCAUGUCCUCCGCAGAGUCGGUGGCCUCUAUUGUCACCACGACCGCCGCUGUUGGCAUGACUGAGCUAACCUCCGCACAGGAACAAACCAGUCCCUCCCUCGCCACCUCUUCUGCCAUGCAGCCGAAAGGAACCUCACGGCAGGAGACAACAACUCAACCCCCGCCUUCUGGCUCUUCCACAACGAAACCGGAGCUGAGAACCUCGACUAUUGAGGUGACCGGAUCCACCCCGAUGAGGCCGCAUUCCACUGUGGAGACUGGCUUCACGUCCCUUGAAAAUCAAACCACGCCAACCUUCAGCAAGGUUUCUCCCACGAAGGCUGAGCUGACCUCAGCAGAAAUGACCACAACAGCUUCACCAGCAUCCGAGUCUCCCCUGGCCACGUCUCUUUCCACGCAGACUGUAUCCUCUCCGGCUCGGACCUCGCCGCCAUCGUCUCCCUCGGAGACCACCAUUGAAUCCCACGGCACGAGUUCUUCUAUUCAUGCAGAGUCCACCCCAACUGAAGGAAGCACCACCUCUUCGCUCCAUUCGGCACACUCAAGCACUGCAGUCCCAGAAACCAUGUCCUCCGCAGAGUCGGUGGCCUCUAUUAUCACCACGACCGCCGCUGUUGGCAUGACUGAGCUAACCUCCGCACAGGAACAAACCAGUCCCUCCCUCGCCCCCUCUUCUGCCAUGCAGCCGAAAGGAACCUCACGGCAGGAGACAACAACUCAACCCCCGCCUUCUGGCUCUUCCACAACGAAACCGGAGGUGAGCUCUGCCCGAGGCACCACUGUUUCUACGCCAACUUUUUCCCCUUCCACUGACCACUCUUCCAUUGCCUUUACCGAGGAAACCACCGUCUCCUUCCGGUCUGCCAGUCCUCCAUCCAGGGUUGAAUCAACAGCAGCUGAGGGGACCAGCCCUUCCCUCUCUUCGGCAACAUCUCCUACGGCUUCUAAGCUGAGAACUUCGACUAUUGAGGUGACCGGAUCCACCCCGAUGAGGCCGCAUUCCACUGUGGAGACUGGCUUCACGUCUCUUGAAAAUCAAACUACGGAAACCUUCAGCAAGAUUUCUCCCACGAAGGCUGAGCUGACCUCAGCAGAAGUGACCAAAACAGCUUCACCAGCAUCCGAGUCUCCCCUGGCCACGUCUCUUUCCACGCAGACUGUAUCCUCUCCGGCUCGGACCUCGCCGCCAUCGUCUCCCUCGGAGACCACCAUUGCAUCCCACGGCACGAGUUCUUCUAUUCAUGCAGAGUCCACCCCAACUGAAGGAAGCACCACCUCUUCGCUCCAUUCGGCACACUCAAGCACUGCAGUCCCAGAAACCAUGUCCUCCGCAGAGUCGGUGGCCUCUAUUGUCACCACGACCGCCGCUGUUGGCAUGACUGAGCUAACCUCCGCACAGGAACAAACCAGUCCCUCCCUCGCCCCCUCUUCUGCCAUGCAGCCGAAAGGAACCUCACGGCAGGAGACAACAACUCAACCCCCGCCUUCUGGCUCUUCCACAACAAAACCGGAGGUGAGCUCUGCCCGAGGCACCACUGUUUCUACGCCAACUUUUUCCCCUUCCACUGACCACUCUUCCAUUGCCCUUACCGAGGAAACCACCGUCUCCUUCCGGUCUGCCAGUCCUCCAUCCAGGGUCGAAUCAACAGCAGCUGAGGGGACCAGCCCUUCCCUCUCUUCGGCAACAUCUCCUACGGCUGCUAAGCUGAGAACUUCGACUAUUGAGGUGACCGGAUCCACCCCGAUGAGGCCGCAUUCCACUGUGGAGACUGGCUUCACGUCUCUUGAAAAUCAAACUACGCAAACCUUCAGCAAGAUUUCUCCCACGAAGGCUGAGCUGACCUCAGCAGAAGUGACCAAAACAGCUUCACCAGCAUCCGAGUCUCCCCUGGCCACGUCUCUUUCCAUGCAGACUGUAUCCUCUCCGGCUCGGACCUCGCCGCCAUCGUCUCCCUCGGAGACCACCAUUGCAUCCCACGGCACGAGUUCUUCUAUUCAUGCAGAGUCCACC